UCCCAGAGCGCUGACAGUGCCGGGUGAACCCCCUUUCGCUUCUGGUUGAUCCAUGCUGCUCCGCUCCUCAUAGAAUAAUAAUGACUCGAAACAAGUUUACGAUACUUUUUAUACAGCUGUGCUGGACAGUGUAUGUGGUAACUGGCAUUCACAGGAAAGACAUUUUUCCUUAUGGGACACUCAGCGGAGAUUUAACCCUACAGGAGGGGGAUGAUGAAACUUCGAAAGUUAUAGUUCUAACCAGACCCAUGCGUUUUUAUGAAGCCUCUUUCAGCAGCCUCUACGUUGCCACCAAUGGGAUCAUCUCAACGCAGGACCUGCCCAUGGAGAAGCAGUAUGUGGACGACGGCCUCCCCACAGACUUCCCCGUUAUCGCCCCGUUCUUGGCCGACCUGGACACCAGCAACGGCCGCGGCACCAUCUACUACCGGCAGACAGAGUCGCCCACAAUCCUCAACCGCGUUGCCAUGGAGGUGCAUCGCGGCUUCCCCGACGCCCGCUUCACCCCCACCCACGCCGUCGUGGUCACCUGGGAGAACGUCGGGGCCUACGAGGAAGGGUCCCGCAGCAGCGACGGAUCGUCCAACAGGGUGAACACGUUCCAGGCUGUACUGGCGUACGAUGAGACAGACACCUAUGGCCUGUUAUUGUACCCAGAAGGUGGCCUGAACUUCUUUGGGACACGGCCGAAGGAGUCGUAUAAUGUGGAGAUCGAGCUGCCUGCCCGCGUAGGCUUCAGCCGAGGGGAGGUCUCCUUCCUGUUCUUCUCUCGCCAGGAGGGGCCCUUCUACAGCAUCACAACCAACGAGCAGUCGGUCAAGAACCUCUACCAGGUUGGAAAUACGGGAUUGCCAGGUGUGUGGCUCUUCCACAUCGGCAGCAGUUACUCCUUCGACAACGUGAUCCCAGCUGCAGUGGGCGGCGUGCUCGCCACACCGCCCCCUUUUGACGCGGAGGCCACCACCCCGGAGUACUCUGAGUACUCCGACUACCCCGAGUUCCAGUCCCCGACGCUGCCGGAGUUUGUGGAAGCUGGAGCUGACCCAUCGCUCCUGCAGUCGCCGGACCAGCCGCAGGUCCAGCUCUACGGCGAGGAAGUGCCACUCACGGCCAGCCCAGAGACCCCCGAGAGCCCCAACUCGGAGUCCGGCCCCCGGCAGCACCCCGCCAUCCCCGAACCCCGCAACCUGCCCCCGGAGCACUCCGGGCUGCCCCAGAGACCCGUGCCCGAGCACACCAUCCUGGAGCUGUUCCCCACCCGGGACGGUGGCUCGCCACGUCACUCCCCCAAGGACCAGGUGGACAGCGUGGUGCAAGGGGUCGACUUGGACACUGGAGUGAUCCAGUAUAACGGCGGCAGCAAGGAGACGUGUGAGCGCUUCAGUCAGCAGUGUUCCCAGAAUGCCUACUGCUCCGACUACGCCACUGGCCUCUGCUGCCACUGCCGCUCCGGUUUCUACGGCAAUGGCCAACACUGCCUGCCAAGCGGUGCGCCCCAUCGUGUGAACGGAAAGGUGAACGGUGUGGUGUUGGUCGGCUCCACGCCGGUCGAGAUCAACAACGUCGACCUGCACGCAUACGUGGUGGUGAGUGACGGCCGGGCCUACACGGCCAUCAGCGAGGUGCCUGAGCCGGCCGGCUGGGCCCUGAUGCCCGUGGCGCCCGUCGGAGGCCUCUUCGGCUGGCUCUUCGCCCUGGAGCUCCCCAACAGCCAGAACGGCUUCACUAUCACCGGUGCGGAGUUUACUCGCCAUGCUGAUGUCACCUUCUACCCUGGGAACGAGCGCCUGAGCAUAGUCCAGACAGCCAAAGGUUUGGACGCCGAGAACUACCUCAGCGUGGACACCAAGCUCAGCGGCAGUGUCCCCUUCAUACCCCCAGGGGCAACAGUGCAGAUGGAGCCAUUUAAAGUGACCUUUCAAUACUACCCCUCAGUGACCACCUCCAUCUCCGUGCGCGAGUUCACGGUUGUGUCGGCGGAGAGCGGCGCCGAGACGUUCUCCUUCCAGCUGCGGCAGAACAUCACGCACAACUACUGCCGGCACGGGCCCCGGAGUGGGCCGGAGACGCUGGAGCUUAGCGUGGAGCGCGUCUUCGCCAUGUUCGUCAAGGAGGAGCGCAUCCUCCGCUACGCCAUCACCAACAAGAUCGGCCCCGUCGGAGCGGGCAUCCCUGAUGGGGGCGAGGUCAACCCCUGCUAUGCGGGCACUCAUGAUUGUGACACGACUGCCCAGUGCAUACCAGGAGAGGGCCAGAACUUUCAGUGCCAGUGUGCCACUGGUUACCGUGGAGAUGGACGCAACUGCUACGACAUAGAUGAGUGUGCGGAGCAUCUCAGCUCGUGCGCUGCCCACUCCCAGUGUGAGAAUCUGCAGGGCAGCCACCGCUGUCUGUGCCAACCUGGCUACGAGUUCGGCUUCGAUGGACGCACCUGCAUAGAUGUGGACGAGUGCCGCUCCCAGCCCUGCCAUGCUCAGGCCUCCUGCACCAACUCGCUGGGCUCGUUCCACUGCCAGUGCCAGGCCGGGUACCAUGGCAACGGCUUCCAGUGCCACCCUCAGAGUGGAGGCUCAGAGCGCCCCAAGACCCAUUGCGAGCGGCACAGAGACAGCGCGCAGACUUCUCAGGACGGCUUCUCUCUAGUCGGAGCCUUCGUUCCGGAGUGUGACGAGGCGGGUCAGUACCGCCCGCUGCAGUGCCACGGCUCUACGGGCCACUGCUGGUGUGUGGACGUGCAGGGCCAGGAGAGGGCGGGCACUAGAGCGCCCCCUAGCUCCCCACGACCCAACUGCAACGAGCCAGAGCGUCCCAAGACCCAGUGUGAGCAUCACAGAGACGGCGCGCAGACUUCCCAGGACGGCUUCUCUCUAGGAGCCUUCGUUCCGGAGUGUGACGAGGCGGGUCAGUACCACCCGCUGCAGUGCCACGGCUCUACGGGUCACUGCUGGUGUGUGGACGUGCAGGGCCAGGAGAGGGCGGGCACUAGAGCGCCCCCUAGCUCCCCACGACCCAACUGCAACGAGCCAGAGCGUCCCAAGACCCAGUGUGAGCAUCACAGAGACGGCGCGCAGACUUCCCAGGACGGCUUCUCUCUAGGAGCCUUCGUUCCGGAGUGUGACGAGGCGGGUCAGUACCGCCCGCUGCAGUGCCACGGCUCUACGGGUCACUGCUGGUGUGUGGACGUGCAGGGCCAGGAGAGGGCGGGCACUAGAGCGCCCCCUAGCUCCCCACGACCCAACUGCAACGAGCCAGAGCGUCCCAAGACCCAGUGUGAGCAUCACAGAGACGGCGCGCAGACUUCCCAGGACGGCUUCUCUCUAGGAGCCUUCGUUCCGGAGUGUGACGAGGCGGGUCAGUACCGCCCGCUGCAGUGCCACGGCUCUACGGGUCACUGCUGGUGUGUGGACGUGCAGGGCCAGGAGAGGGCGGGCACUAGAGCGCCCCCUAGCUCCCCACGACCCAACUGCAACGAGCCAGUCCGCCCGGAGCGCCCCAGGACCCAGUGUGAGCAUCACAGAGACAGCCUGCAGGGCUCCCAUGGUGGAGUCGGAGCCUUCGUCCCGCAGUGUGACGAGGCGGGUCAGUACCGCCCGCUGCAGUGCCAUGGCUCAUCGGGUCACUGCUGGUGUGUGGACGUGCAGGGCCAGGAGAGGGCGGGCACUAGGACCCUCCCGGGCACCCCUCCUACCAACUGCGAUGGACCAGAGCGCCCAGAGCGCCCCGAGACCCAGUGUGAGCGCCACAGAGACGGCGCGCAGACUUCUCAGGACGGCUUCUCUCUAGUCGGAGCCUUCGUUCCGGAGUGUGACGAGGCGGGUCAGUACCGCCCGCUGCAGUGCCACGGCUCUACGGGUCACUGCUGGUGUGUGGACGUGCAGGGCCAGGAGAGGGCGGGCACUAGAGCGCCCCCUAGCUCCCCACGACCCAACUGCAACGAGCCAGAGCGUCCCAAGACCCAGUGUGAGCGCCACAGAGACAGCGUCCAGGGCUCCCAGGACGGCUUCCCGAUUGUCGGAGCCUUCGUCCCGCAGUGUGACGAGGCGGGUCAGUACCGCCCGCUGCAGUGCCACGGCUCUACGGGUCACUGCUGGUGUGUGGACGUGCAGGGCCAGGAGAGGGCGGGCACUAGAGCGCCCCCUAGCUCCCCACGACCCAACUGCAACAAGCCAGUCCGCCCGGAGCGCCCCAGGACCCAGUGUGAGCAUCACAGAGACAGCCUGCAGGGCUCCCAUGGUGGAGUCGGAGCCUUCGUCCCGCAGUGUGACGAGGCGGGUCAGUACCGCCCGCUGCAGUGCCACGGCUCAUCGGGUCACUGCUGGUGUGUGGACGUGCAGGGCCAGGAGAGGGCGGGCACUAGGACCUCCGCGGGCACCCCUCCUACCAACUGCGAUGGACCAGUGCCACCGACCCAGCGUCCAGAGACAGUUUGUGAGCGCUGGAGGGCCAGCCUCAUCGAGCACUACGGUAGCCAGCCGGACCCACACCACUACCUGCCGCAAUGUGACUCGGCUGGCGAGUUCAACCCCGUCCAGUGCUACGGGGACAGCAGCUACUGCUGGUGCGUGGACAAGGAUGGACGCGAAGUGCCCGGGACCAGAGCCAAUGAUGCUGUAAAGCCAGCCUGUAUCCCUACUGUGGCUCCUCCCACCCAGCGUCCACUGCCCCGCCCUGAUGUGACCCCGCCCCCGACUGGGGGCGUGUCCCUGCUGUACGCUCAAGGGCAGCAGAUUGGUGCUCUGCCGCUGACCGGCACCCGCAUGGACAAGGACAAAUCCUCAGUGCUGCUGCAGCUCCACGGGUCUAUUGUGGUCGGGGUCGCCCACGACUGUCUGGAGAGGAAAGUUUACUGGACCGACAUCGCUGGAAGAACCAUCAACCGAGCUGGUCUGGCGGCUGGAUCGGAACCUGAGGUUCUAAUUAACACAGGUCUGACCAGUCCAGAGGGUCUGGCUUUGGAUGUGGUCCGACGAAGAAUGUUCUGGGUGGACAGCACCAUGGACAAGAUUGAGACGAGCAACCUGGACGGCACUGGGCGACGGGUCCUGAUCGACAAGGACCUGGUGAACCCGCGAGCCAUCAUCGUAGAUUCAUCCUCAGGAACCGUGUACUGGACAGACUGGAACCGCGAGGCCCCGAAGAUCGAGGGCGCCUCUGUGGACGGGCAGAACAGAAAGGUUCUCGUCCAGGAGGGCAUCGGGCUGCCCAACGCUCUGACCUUUAACCCCGCCAGCCGUCAGGUGUGCUGGGGAGAUGCAGGUACGAAGCGGCUGGAGUGUAUAUCUCCUGAUGGAACGGGCCGUCAGGUGAUCCACAGCGGCCUCAACUACCCCUUCGCCAUGGUCUUUCACGCCAACCACUUCUACUACACGGACUGGAGAAGGGACGCCAUCAUUGGCAUGAGUAGAGGCACCAGCCAGUUCACAGACGACUACCUGCCGGAGCAGAGGUCACACCUGUACGGAAUCGCUCUCGCGUCGCCGAACUGUCUAUAAGGGAGAGGGGUAAUGACAGAGGCCGAGCUGCAUGGUGCUAUUUUUGGGCGAGUCGUGAAGCGCUCGCUCUGUGGGAACUCCUCCGAGACUUCUGGUGUGCGCCACUCGAGGCGGGAAGGCCCGAGGCCGUCGUUCCAGCCUCGACGUCCACCGACGCCACAACACCACCAGGGAGAACGAUUCACAAACGGGGGGG